AUGGAGUCAACGAUCGCCCAACCAUUGAAGCUAAAAUGCGGUCUCGAGUUGAAGAACCGCCUCGUAAAGGCAUCAAUGGCAGAGAACAUGGCCGAUGCAAACGGCAUGCCAACUGACGUGCACAAUGGUGUCUAUACAGAAUGGGCUGAGGGCGGAUGGGGCAUGGUUCUGACCGGCAAUGUCAUGGUGGAUAGAACAUACAAAGGAGACGCAGGCGACGUCGCAGUCAACCCGUCCCGAAAGACUGAGCUUCUCUCCAAAUGGAAGGCAUAUGCAUCGACCUGCAGGAGCAACGAUACGCCUAUCAUCAUGCAAAUCAACCACCCAGGACGACAAUCGCCAGCCGGAGCAGGAACUCGCCCUUUCUUUGCCAAAAACUUAGCACCCAGCGCUAUCCCAUUGAACGUGGGACCGGGUCUGUUGGCAAAAUUUGCGUCUGCAUUCGUCUUUGGUACGCCACGCGAAAUGAAUCAGACGGAUAUUGAUCUGGUAGUUCAGCAAUUUGUGGAAUGCAGUCAACUCGCUGCAGAGACCGGGUUUCAUGGCGUUCAGAUUCAUGCUGCCCACGGCUACCUUCUUACACAGUUCUUGACUGCAGAUACAAACCAUCGUACGGACGAGUACGGAGGAUCUCCCGAAAAACGCGCGAAGAUUGUCAUUGACAUCAUUCAUGCCGUCCGUGCUGCAACCCCUGAAGGUUUCUGCGUUGGUCUCAAGAUGAACUCUGUCGAUCAUCAAUCUCCUGAGGCCCUAAAAGGAUGUAUAACACAGCUCAAAAUGAUAAUUGAAGCUGGAGUCGAUUUCGUCGAGAUUAGUGGUGGAUCUUACGAGGAUGUUACGUUCAUAGAAGGUACCGGUCAAUCUCAAAAUCCGAAAUCAGCACAUACAGUCGCUCGUGAAGCUUUCUUCUUGGAGUUCGCAAACGCUAUUCGUAGCCAAGUUCCAGAAAUCCCUCUUUUGUUGACGGGUGGCUUCCGUACGAGACGGGGAAUGAUAGCGGCGAUGCAGAACAAUUCGUGUGACCUGAUUGGGCUUGCGCGUCCUGCAGUUCUAAUGCCGUCCCUUCCUAAGAGUAUUAUUUUUAACAAUGAGGUUCCUGAUGAAGAGGCGCAGCUUCCUUACAAAAAGAUCACGGCUCCGUGGCUUGUUAGGUGGACUGGAAUCAAGGUUCUUACUUCGGGAGCUGAGCCUGCAUGGUACAGCAAACAGAUCCAGGAAACAGGCCGUCGGAAAAUAGCCUCUUCGAGCUGA